AUGGUCACAUGCUCAGACCUCCCAUUUGAUGAAACACAAUGGAUCAUCCGGAUUCGCCGAAUCCUUGAAGAGGAGAUCGAGCUAGGCGAUGACCAGCCCGUCUCCAUAUUUGAUGUCCUCAAGCCCCUGUUGUGCACUAAGCCUGAAGCGUACGUGCCUCAGCUGGUGGCCCUAGGCCCUUACCACCAUUGCCGCCAAGGACUCCGUGACAUGGAGAUGUACAAGCUCUCGGCGGCCAAGAGAGCCCAAAGCCACCUGCCAAGUAUGAAGUUCCAGCAACUUGUGGACGUCUUCGCCACAUUCGAGCACCGGAUUCGUUCUCACUAUCACAGGCAACUCAACCUCACCGAUGAGACACUGGCAUGGAUGAUGGCGAUCGACGUGUCGUUUCUUCUCGAGUUCCUGCAGACUUUCUGCAAGUCCAACAACCAUAGAACACUACAAAGGAUGCCCUCGAGGAUGUCGCAUCUAGUUGACCCAUCUCAUAGGACAUCUGUGCACAGCAUGCUGCUGCGUGACAUUGUGAUGUUGGAGAACCAGAUUCCAAUGUUUCUUCUUGUCAAAGUAGUCGAGAUGUGGUGCUUGUCAGGCCAUAGCAUUCAACGACCUAAUCUGAGCUCCAUGCUGUCCGGGUUCUUUCAAGAGGAGAUCGCAGUGCCUUCUAUCACCCAACUCGCAUAUGUCGGUGUCACAUUCACCCCAACAGCAGGCAGCAUCUCCACGAUCGAAUUCUGCGCGAGAACCGCAACAUUGCACCUCCCGGUGAUCAGCAUCGACAUGACCACCGAAGUUGUCCUACGGAACCUGGUGGCCUACGAGGCAUCGAUCGGGUCCAGGGCGCUGGUCUUCGCCCGGUACGUCGAACUCAUGAACGGGAUCAUCGACACCGACGAGGACGCCCGGCUGUUGAGGGAACACGGGAUCAUAUUGAACCACCUCAAGAGUGACCAGGAAGUGGCCGAGCUGUGGAAUGGGAUGACCUGGUCGGUGAGGCUGACGAGGGUGCCGGCUCUGGACAGAGUGAUCGAUGAGCUUAAUCGGUACCAUGGGGCCUGCUGGAAGGUGAGGGUGAGGGCGUUCGUCAAAGCGCACCUUCUUGGCUCUAGGGACAUGGUUGCUUGCGCCAUGAUGGUUCUCCUCCUGUUGUUCGUAGGUGUCCAAGCUUUCUGCCUAUCUCGUGGCUGCCUCCUUUCUUGGCACGGGAUGGGUAUGUUCCUGAGGAUGAUCUUCGAAGAAGACCCCGAGAGCACAUCGGAGAAAUCCGACCAGGAACACGCCUUGGCAAAAGGAGUCGAUGUGAUGGUGAUGAGCUUGAGCAGCGACACUGCAAUUGAUGAAACAACCAAAGAGGGUGAUCAGGGGCCUUCCACUAGCUCCGGCAUGGCCGGGUCCUCAGAGAAAGGCUUCGCCGCCGAGGACUUGCUGGGAAUCGAUAAGUUGUCCCUGGACGAUGUUCCUGCCACCCAUCACCGGAAGAUGACGCUGCUGUUUACGCUCCUCUCUGCCUGCGUGGCAGACAAGCCCGUGUCGCAAGAGGAAGACGACAGGAAGUCCUCUCACUUCAGGAAGGGCUACGACGCUCGGCAUCGGGUCGCUCUUCGGUUACUAGCAACUUGGCUUGAUGUGAAGUGGGUCAAAAUGGAAGCCAUCGAGGUUAUGGUCGCAUGCUCUGCUAUGGCAGCAGCAAAAGAGCAGGAACAGUCAGGGGAAAACGCGUCGCCCAAAAGCAAAUGGGCGAAAUGGAAGCGUGGAGGAAUCAUUGGUGCAGCUGCAUUGACCGGAGGAGCAUUACUGGCUAUUACUGGGGGUUUAGCUGCUCCAGCAAUCGCUGCAGGAUUUGGUGCUCUUGCUCCGACGCUGGGCACAAUUAUGCCUGUUAUCGGAGCCAGUGGAUUUGCUGCUAUGGCUACUGCUGCGGGAUCUGUUGCUGGCUCUGUGGCAGUGGCUGCAUCAUUUGGGGCUGCUGGAGCUGGCUUGACGGGCACCAAAAUGGCAAGAAGGAUUGGGAGUGUAAAAGAAUUUGAGUUCAAACCGAUUGGUGAGAACCAUAAUCAGGGUCGUCUUGCGGUAGGCAUCUUGGUUUCUGGAUUUGCCUUUGAUGAGGAAGACUACAUUAGACCUUGGGAAGGAUGGAAGGAUAACCUAGAAAGGUACAUUCUUCAGUGGGAGUCUAAGCAUAUAAUUGCUGUGAGUACAGCAAUACAAGAUUGGCUGACAUCAAGACUUGCUCUGGAACUGAUGAAGCAAGGUGCGAUGAGAACAGUCUUAAGUGGUUUUCUUGCAGCGUUUGCGUGGCCCGCUACUCUGCUUGCAGCUACGGAUUUCAUUGAUAGUAAAUGGUCUGUUGCUAUUGACAGAUCAGAUAAGGCAGGGAAAAUGCUUGCUGAAGUACUUAUGAAGGGAUCACAAGGGAACAGGCCUGUGACCCUCAUUGGGUUUUCACUAGGCGCGCGUGUCAUAUUCAAGUGCUUGCAGGAGCUUGCUUUAUCAAGCGACAACGAGGGGCUUGUCGAGAGGGUUGUGCUCCUAGGCGCGCCGGUUUCGGUGAAGGGCGAACGGUGGGAGCCUGCUAGGAAGAUGGUUGCUGGAAGGUUUGUGAACGUGUACUCCAAAGAUGACUGGAUUCUUGGUGUAACCUUCCGCGCAAGUCUACUCACGCAAGGAUUGGCUGGGAUACAGGCCGUCGAUGUCCCUGGCGUCGAAAACGUUGAUGUCACCGAGCUCGUCGAUGGCCACUCUUCGUACCUGUCGGCCGCGCAGCUGAUCCUGAAGCACCUUGAACUAAACACAUACUAUCCUGUCUUCGUCCCCCUACCAACGGCAGUUAGCAAGUAA